AUGGAAGAUGAGGAUGCAAAGGCUAAUGAGAAUGCUCACUUGGGAAAUUUGUCUCACCCCGUUCUGGAACGUUUUCAUCUCAACCGUGUUUCAGGAUGUUGUGCUUCCGAGAUUGAUUUAUGGGUUAGGAUUGCAGUUGAUCGUUUCGUGCGUGAUUCGAAGAUAUGGGUUUUCCCUGAAUAUGGGAUUAUAAGACUACCUAGUACACUGUUUAGAUGUGAAAACCUAGAGACGUUGGAACUUCGAAAAGUGAUUAUUUCGGAAGUUCCAUCUCGAGUUAGCUUUCAAUCUCUUAAGACAUUCUGUCUGCUGUUUGUAAAGUAUCCAGACGAGGAAUCUUUCGUGAGGCUUAUAUCAGAUUGCCCUGUACUUGAAGACUUGGUUGUAGAAACUUGUCACGAUGACAAUGUGGUGACUUUUACUAUUAAUGUGCCUUCCCUAGAGAAGUUUUCCGUUAGGCAUACAUUGCAAGACUUAGAGACUGAUAAUGAUGUGUUUGUGGUACAUUACCAUUCUUUGAAGCAGUUAACCAUUGUGGACUACUUCAGUGAACUAAAAUUGUUAGGUCAUAAUAAUAAAAUGCCCCAACUUAUCGAGGCAAAUCUCUUAUCUGUGUCCUGCCAUGCUAAGGUUCUUGAAUCUUUCUCCCGUCUCAAGCGUAUAUCUCUAUGCUUACCUGAAGGUCCAAUCAUUUUCAAACCGCUUAGAUAUUAUCUGAAGUUAGCUGUUGUAUGGUUCCAUUACAUAACACUGUUCUGA